UACACUCACGUUUCCUCUCGUUUCAUUCACUGAGUCCCUGAUGUCCAAACUCCGUACCUCGAGGUUCCUUCCAAUGCAUUCAGUCGUGAACACCAUUGGUCUCAAUGCUCCUUAUUCAAAAUCAUCAGGUCCCUAUACAGCCGAGACAUAUCAGAGAAGAGACGAACAUAAGGCUCGCACGGGAAACAAACACGAAGAGAGUUAUGUAUUGACCUUGCACACAGACCAACAGCAUCACCAGUUAAUGACCUCCAUGCGUACACGAUAUUUCCCUCCUCGGCUCAACAAACUGAAUGCACAUAUCGCUCUGUUUCGCGCGUUGCCCAGUUCCCGAUUGCCUCAGAUCAUUCACGACAUUGAGUCUCUGACCCAGUCACAGCCUACCUUCGAAGUCUUUGCUACCAAGGCGUUCCUGAUGAAACGCGGUGUGGGAAUCCAUGUCGACGACACCGAGGGUCAGGCUGAGGCAAUUUUUCAGCAAUUAAAAGCAAAGUGGGAGUCUUUCUUGAGUCAGCAAGAUCGGAGAUUCAAGCCACAUUACACUCUUCAAAAUAAAGUCGAUGAUGAGGCAGUCGUACGCAAGACAUUCAAUGAAGUUAAUGAGCAAUUCCACGGCAGUCGGGGCCAAGUGACGGCAUUGACUCUUUACAAAUAUCAACAAGGGUUUUGGAAAGAAGCGCAGUCAUUCUCUUUCCACGAGAACCCCCAAAUUGGUGCAGGGGGGACAAUGUCAGGGACGAAAUAACCGUCUUGUGAAUAGAAGCGUUUUUCGACAUUGAC